AUAGUCAGAGUGUAGCCUAAGAACACUUUCUUCUUCCACACAGCACACAUCUAACAACUUCCAAUGCCAUUCUGAAAGGGGGAAAAAAGAUGUUCACCAUUCUGUCAUUUUUAAUUAUCGUCCUGUCAUCAGACUACACCGAAGGUGAAAUAGAGAUCCGUGCUUUCAAACACCGGACAGUGAAUUGCAAUGAGAGGAGUGUCUUACAAUGCAAUAUCAGCUCAUCAACGCCACUGAACAUUGUUAAAGUAUACUGGAAAAAAACAGAAGAGAAAGAUUUUGAAUGUGAUCCAACAUCCAGUAAUAGACCUCCAGGAUUUGAGUGUAACUACACAGGAGAAGCACUGCUAUUAACCAUCUCAAAUCCUACACCAGCGAAAAUGGGCUCGUAUUUUUGUUGUAUAAAGACAGACUCUGGACAUGGAGCAAAAGUAAUCAAUGUAUCUAUAGGUCAGUGCAUUAACUCCUUUAGUAGUAUUUAUCAUACAUAUUUUAAUUAAUAAAUGAAUGACUGAAUGUAUGAAUCAACACAUAAGAAACACUACAUCUGAGUUUUUUUUAAAAAAACAGUGCCUUUUUAGGUACAGCUAUCAAGUAAAAAAAAUAAAUAAAAUAAAUAAAUAAGUAAAAAAGAAUAAUAAUAACAAUAACUACAAUAAAUAAAAAUGAAAAACAUUUGCACAUUGUGUUAGAGAAUACAAUUGUCAGGACUCUGGACUGUCUAUGUUGUGUUUUGCCCGUUUCUUUUCUAGUGUUGCCUUAUUUGGUCUUGUUCCUGUCUUCAUUUAGUUUUAUUAGGCAUUCUGUGCACCUGCUUGGUAAUUAUCCUGUGUUUAUAAGUUCAUGUCUGUGCUUCUCUCAUCUGUCAGGUCUAUUCAUUGUGUAAGUGUGUUUGCUCCAGCCCCCUUUGCUUGGAUUUCUCAUGUGUUCCUUGGAUUAAAGACUUUUGAUUGUACCCCUCGUUUUUCUUGUACUUCCUACAGUGUACAGUGACACAAGACCUGACAGAAACCGUUUUCUCUCAGUGUUUUUGCUUCCAUUGUGUUUCCCAUCAUGGAUGCCCUCCUUCGCCCAGAAUAUCUCCUCCUCCUGCUGGAGCAGGGGGAGAGGUCUCUCAAGGACUAUACAAGACUAUUCCGGCUGUCAGUUCCGGCUAUGACGCAAGCUCGAACACCACGAGCAGACCGCCGUCGUCCGAAGAUAGUCCCCAAGUUGAUUUAAUCACCUUUAUGGAGUGGACUCUGGCGAGAAACAGAUUGCCAUUCACCACCUGCCAGACCAGCCCACCCUCUCCCCAAUGUGCGGAGCAUCAGCCUGAGCCCACCAAUUAUGGAGAGCCCAUGACGGGCGAUCAACAAGCCAGCGCAAUGCCGAGCGAGGUUUGCCGCCUUUGUGGAGUGGACAAUGGCAAGACAUGGAUUCCUGUUCACUGUCUGUCCCAAGGUAGAUCUCACAAGUGCCUCUCCAGGCCCAGAGCCCAGUCCACCAUCUCCACACCGUGUGGAGCACAAGCCCGAGCCCACCGAGGACAGAGAACAGUUCCGGCUGCAAUAAACAAGCCAGCACAGUACAGAGUGACUGAGUGGAGGAUAGCUCCGAAUGAAGUGCCCAGUCUGUCCGAGCGAGCCAUGGACGUCGAAAGUGUGGAGUGGAGUGGAGCUCCCUGCAACGUAGCUAAGGUUAAACUUAUGAUGGACCUGGGUAGGGGAGAGGCGGAAAAGGACUUAAUUGACUGGAAGGCUGACCUGCUCCCACUACUCCCUCCUUCUGCAGAGCCCUAUGUUAAGCCUGUGCCCACAUCCAGCCCUGAGUAGGCUUCGGUUCCCAUGUCCUGCCCAGAGAGGGCUCCGGUUCCCAUGUCCAGCCCAGAGGAGGAUCCUGAUCUUGAGUUUUGCCCUGAGAACCUGGAGGCUCACGAAUAAACCUGGGUCCAGCUGGACAAGUCCUGCUCCAAGUCCCUCUUGUCUCCUCCCUGGACUCUGUCUGCCAGCCCCCUUACGGGUGUUUAUCUACCUCCAGAGCAUCCUCCCACGUUCCCACCUAUGCCUCCCUCUGUUGUUGUCUAUCUCAUGAAGACACGCCUUCUGGGAGAGGGACGAUAUUUCAGGAUUCUGGACUGUCUAUAUUGUGUUUUGCCCGUUUCUUUUCUAGUGUUGCCUUAUUUGGUCUUGUUCCUGUCAUCAUUUAGUUUUAUUAGUCAUUCUGUGCACCUGUGUUUGUUAAUUAUCCUGUGUUUAAGUUCUUGUCUCUGCUUUUCUUCUCUGUUGGGUCUACUCGUUGUGUAAGGGUUUUAGCUCCAGCACCCUUUGUGUGGAAUUCCCCUGUGUUCCUUGGAUUGAAGACUUUUGAUUGCACUCCCCGUUUCCCUCAUACUCCUUCCUUCCAAAUCUAUUUUUGAAUAACAAAUAUCAUACAAAUUUAUAUUUUGUGAGCUAUU